AUGGAGGUUUCUUCAGAGAAAGCCAAAACCACCGAAGAAGUUGCAGGCAGGAAGCUGGGUGGCCUUAGAACCAUGCCCUUCAUCAUAUCAAAUGAGACGUUUGAAAAGGUUGCAAGCUUUGGUCUGCAAGCAAAUAUGAUCUUGUAUUUGAUGCAUGAAUAUAACAUGGAGUUGGCCAGCGGAACAUGUAUUCUGUUCUUGUGGUCAGCUGCAACGAACUUUACUCCUAUCAUGGGGGCUUUUCUCGCCGAUUCUCACUUCGGCCGGUUUCGUGUUAUCGCUUUAGGAUCAGUUGUUAGCUUACUUGGAAUGGUGCUGUUAUGGUUAACAGCAAUUUUUCCACAAGCAAGGCCACCCCAUUGUGAUGCGAAAUCUGGAGAAAAAUGUGUUCCACCAAGCUAUGCUCAACUCAUGCUACUGUUUUCAGCAUUUGGUCUCAUGUCAAUUGGAUCCGGCGGCAUCAAACCAUGUUCAUUGGCCUUUGGUGCAGAUCAAUUGUACAAACCCGAAAACCCGAAGAGUGCAAAGAUCCUAAGAAGCUUCUUCAACUGGUAUUAUGCUUCAGUAGGAAUCUCAGUUAUGGUCGCAGUAACAGUCAUAGUAUACAUACAAGACUCAGCUGGUUGGAUUGUGGGUUUUGGAGUUCCAGCAGGACUCAUGUUGUUGUCUACUUUUCUGUUUUUGUUUGGAUAUUUCCUCUAUGUCAAAGUGCCUCCAAACAAGAACUUGUCUGCUGGAUUUGUACAAGUGAUUGCAGCAUCUUGGAAAAACAGACACUUGGAUUUGCCCCCAAAGAACUUUGAUGGAUGGUACAGUCUCAAAGGUUCAAAGCUUGUUACCCCAACCAAUAAACUAAGGUAUCUAAACAAAGCUUGCAUGAUUAGAAGUCGUGAGAAGGACGUAGGCCCUGAUGGGUUAGCCGUAGAUGAAUGGAGUUUGUGCACAGUUAGACAAGUAGAAGAGCUCAAGGUACUGAUCAGUGUCCUGCCCAUUUGGUCAACCGGCAUCAUGAUUGCGGUAAUCAUCAGCCAACACUCAAUUCCUGUAGUACAAGCAACCACCAUGGACAGACACCUCUUCCCUCAUUUUCAACUGCCAGCAGCUUCCUUCUCCCUCUUUGGAAUUCUCACUCUCACAAUUUGGGUGGCAAUAUAUGACAGAAUUCUAGUGCCAUUGAUAUCAAAGUACACGAAGAGGCCUGGUGGAUUGAGCUUCAAGCAACGAAUAGGUACAGGGCUAGUACUCUCUUGCUUGGCAAUGGCUGUGGCAUCAGAGGUGGAGCGGUGCAGAAGAAACACAGCGAUCCAAGAAGGGUUUGAAAAUAACAAGCACGGUGUGGUGACAAUGUCUGCUUGGUGGUUAGUGCCACAGCAUUGCCUAACAGGACUUGCUGAGGCUUUCAAUGCCAUAGGGCAGAUAGAGUUCUACUACUCUCAGUUCCCAAAGAGCAUGUCUAGCAUUGCUGUGGCUCUUCUGUCACUUGGGUUUUGUAUGGGAAGUUUGGUUGGGAGUCUCAUAGUGACUGUUAUGAACAAUGUGACCAAGAAAGGGGGAGUGAGUUGGGUUUCAAGUAACCUCAACCAGGGUCACUAUGAUUACUUCUAUUUGGUUGUUACUAUCUUUAGUAUGGUCAAUUUCUUGUAUUAUUUACUGUGUUGUAGGGCAUAUGGGUGUUGUGAGGAUAAAAAGAUUUGGGAUGAUGAGGGUGAUGAUGAUCAAGACAUGAAAGAGAAAGAGAUGGCCAAGUCUGGAGAGCACUCUGUGUUCUUCUCUGCCUGA